AUGGCGCGCUCAUUGCUCUCAGUUGGCAAGCGACCGUUUCCAGCGCCCCCUCCAAGUCCUCUAUUGCCCCAAGACAAGCCUGUCGAUGAAGAGAUUUGCCCAGGCUACAGUCCCAAAACAUUCUACCCUGCGAAGCCCGGAGAGGUCCUGGCCAAACGAUACCAGAUUCUUGUCAAAGUAGGCUGGGGCAGCUCCUCCACUGUUUGGUUGGCUCGUGAUAUACGGGGGCAUGUGACUUCUAUUGAUAAGAUGUGCUUGGACUAUCUCCAUUCCGAAUGCAAGGUGGUUCAUACCGAUCUAAAGCUUGAGAAUAUCAUGGUCUCCUUCGAAGACCCUGCCGUGUUGGGCGACUUUAUGAAUUCUCAAUUCGACGAACCCAUGCCGUACAAAAUCGACAGCACCGGUCGAUCUGUUUAUCGCUCUCGUACCGAAUUUGGCCCCAUAAAAAAAAAUCAAGAACAUACCCAAGAUAGUGGAUUUUGGAAUGUCGUCACAUCUUGA